AUGUUUGGUGCUGUGGGAACGGAUAGAGCAGGAAUAAAGAUUGUGAAAGCUCUCAAGGAAGACAAGGUGGACACAGAACACAUCAUUGAAUGCCCAGACGAGGAGACCAGGAGGACGAGCAUUGCUUUGGGAAAGAGCGGCAAAAACAACAUCUUGGUAUAUCCCGGGGCCAAGUACAAGCUCACUCCAGCCCAGCUUCGCACGGAUCUUAGCGGAGGUCCGCCACAUCUACUCAUUCUGCAGAUGGAAAUCCCAUUUGAAACCGUUGAACACGUGUACACGCCAUUGAGAAGGCCGCAGCGGGGAAGAUCCCGGUGUUGCUCAAUGCGGCUCCGGUUCCAUCUAAUUUUCCGAGGGACAUCUUAUAGUCAACAGGCUCGAGGCUGA